AUGCUCGUUGGGUUUUUUUCUUGUUUGCAGAUAAGAUGGAUAGGUGAGAAGCGGGGUAAGUGUUGUAGCGGGAUGUACAUUUACGGAGAAUUCUGGCUAAUGUUCGGGGUGGGGAUUGGGUGUGGUGCAUUUUUCUCCGAGAUACUGAAGCAAGUAUAUGCCGAUCACUCGACAAGAGUCGAUGAGGUGUUUUCUCGUAUUAUCGAGACAACAAGACACCCAGCAGCAGCUGCAUCAUUUGCUUCCAUCAUAUUUGCUCCUCAGGGACAGUUAUCUUUUGACGAAACCUUAACUAGGUGUAAAACGAACAAAACAUCCGUUUGUCUCAUGUAUGGGAAAGAGGAUCCUUGGGUACGGCCAGUAUGGGGUUUUCAGGUCAAAUGUAAAGUUCCGGAAGCUCCAUAUUAUGAGAUAAGUCCGGCUGGUCAUUGCCCUCAUGACGAAGUUCCUGAGGUUGUUAAUUUUCUUCUGCGUGGUUGGAUCAGAAAUCUAGAAUCGAGUGGUUCUAUCGCGUUGCCAUUGCUCGACGGCCCAGAAAGUGUCGAUUUUGUUGUGACCAAGGACAUGGAAUUCAGUAGAAAAGGGUCCAGAAAGUCAGUGAGGGUGCAAUAUCGUGGCUCCAAGUUCUCUGUCUGGAAUAGGCUAACCUCUCAUUUCAAACCUCUUUUCAAAGAGAGAACUGUGUGA